AUGGCGCGCCCCCAAACCUCCCCGAUCUUGACUCAGCUGCGCAACGCCAAAACGUGCCCCGAGCAGUCGGCAGCGCUACGGGCUCUCAAAAACGAGAUAGUUGGGCACCACCAGAAGAAGGAGACAUGGGUCAGCCAGGGCGUGCUGGAGCCCGUCGUCAGGACGCUGACGUCGGCUCGAUCUGCCACCAAGGCGAAUGCUACAACCAAGGAUGCUAGGCCACAGGCAAUGGGACAGCGGCCCCUGUCAGACGAAGACAACGUCAGGCUGCAAGCCUUGCAGAUCAUCACAAGCUUCGCCAAGGGUGGCCCUCCUUUCUUACCGUCCGUCCACGCCUCCCGAGCUCUUCCGGCGAUUCUCGCAUGCACAUCUCCCAAUGCCAACGCGCCGCAAAUCGUCGUUGCCGCUCUUAAGGCCGUCACUGGCAUUGCGAACGCGGCCGCUCUGGCAUCUCCGUCAUCCCCACUCGAUAUCCUAGCUCUUGCUGACACGAUAUUUACAUCGCCGCUUCACCUCGAGUCCUUAUGUCUCAUACUUGCUACCACAUCAUCGAGUUACUUGCAGCAGACCCAGGUGGAGCUUGCCGCCAGCUUGAUAUCUCGCAUUUGCAGGGAUGAACGGCAUCAGCAGGCUCUGCUACACUCUGGCGUUUUGGACAUGCUCGCUUCUCGCUUGGCCAGCUUUGCCGUCAGUCAGGGUCAUGUUGUGCCGGGAGCUGAGGCGCAAGCUUAUAGCGAUGGCCUAUAUGAGGCAUUCCCCAAAGAAGCUCCCCAUGGAACCCAGAUUGGCCCCAUUCUCGGGGCCGUGGUGGCCAUUCUCGGAGAUUCAAAGUACAGGGCGAUUCGACUUAUCAACUCCCCCGCCAUUCUCGCCGUCUUCCCUUCCAUCGUAUUCGAGGCCAACAGCUUGGGUGGCUCCAAAACACCGAACCAGACAGCCAUGGACUAUUUGUUGCCUCCUCCCUUCUCUGUUACUCGGAGCCCCCCACACUCCCACCACCACUCUUCCGCCAACACACCAGACCACCCAGAAUCACGAACUCCCAGCCAAACACCUGGGCCCAGAUUUGUCUCUCCUGCUGCCCUGGAAUCGAGCUUGGACAGCAGCUCAUCCGAGGAAAUUGAGAGUCCUUUUAUUCCCUGGUUGAUUGUGCAAGCCAGGACUCUUAGCGGCUAUGGGAGACUCAUGGCAGCCACCUUGGUCACAUCCCUCUUCAAAGCUGGCUUAGGGCGCAAAGGAUGGAGAGAAACUAGCCUUGGCAUGCUCAUAGUGCCACUGCUGAUUGAUUUGAUUGCCAAGAAUGACAAAGAUGAUGCUGAGUCGCAGACCUCGUUUGAUGAAACCCAGCAUCUCAUUUUGGAAAGGACACCAGCUACGUUGGCCCGCCUCAUCACUGACAGCGAACAGCUCCAAAAAGCUGCUUACGAUUGUGGUGCUGUCAAGACCUUGACCAAGCUUCUGAGGCGUGCCUAUCGGUCUGUAUCCAUCCUAGAGGCAGCCAAAUACUGGUCUCCGCAACCGGAUACCGAUAUGGAGGAAGAAGGUCCUUCAACGUCACAACUAGGCCAGGCUGGUCAAGACCCCCUUCUCUCUCAUCGUGUGCGGCUCAGGGAAUCAACACUGAAAGCCAUCGGGGCUGUCGCUUCUGGGAAGGAAGAUUACAGGAAAGCUUUGGUCGAUGAAGACUUUAUUCCUUAUGUGAUGGAGUCACUCAACGAGUAUCCCAAGCGGCCCAGACAGAUUAAGGAUCGACUCAAGGAUAAGCCUAGUGGAGAACCUGAAGCGCAGCCCAGCGUCUCAUCAGCGUACGGUGCCAAUCCAUUAUCAGUCAUCGUCGCGGCCUGCCAUGUUAUCAGGAUGCUUUCGCGAUCCAUUAGCAUACUACGCACGACUUUGGUUGAUCACUCCGUCGCCAUGCCCGUCUUCAAAUUCUUAAAGCACCCAGAUAUUGAUGUCCAGAUUGCAGCCACAGCUGCUAUUUGCAACCUGGUCUUAGAGGCCAGUCCGGUCCGCGAGCUCCUGGCCGAAAACGGUGUCAUGAAGAUACUUUGCGAGCAUGCUCACUCUGACAAUCCCGCUCUGCGGCUCAACGCCCUAUGGGCCCUAAAGCACUUUGUAAUCGCCGUCAGCCCUGACCUGAAGCGAUCUUGUUUGGAACAGCUUGAGCCUGAGUGGUUGGUGCAACUCAUUUACGACGACGGCCAAGAUUCUGCGGCGUAUAACACGCAGCCCAUCCACUCACCGGGCGACGAUGUCGAUGAGGAUAUGGAUUCGACGCCGUCUGAUGAGCAGGUGCGGUGGACGUUUGCGGCGAACGGCAACAUGCAGAAGCUAGAUGCUUCGAGGUCGACCAAGCUGCGUCAGGCUGAAGACAAGCUCGCCGGCAUACGUGAAUCUGAGCUCAAUUCUUUCAGGAGAUCCCGGAGCGAUGAAGUGGCUGUUCAAGAACAAGGCUUAGAGCUCAUCAGAAACCUGGUUGGGCUCGGAGUAGGCGCCUCUGCGGAGUCACCUUAUGACACCACCGAGAUGAUUGACUACUUGUUCAGCACUAUUGGACAGGAUCGCCUCUUUGAUAUACUAUCUUCAAAGCUACGAGCCAAAGUACUCCAUCCCUUCUCUCGACGGACUGCAACGCCGGGGCAGGAGACUAGACUCAUCCACCCGCAUGCCAAAAUCAUCAUUCCAGUCAUUUAUAUCCUAGUUCAUAUAGCUGCCAGCACAAAUCAACAUCGGCAGCUAGUUGUUAGGCAAACAGACUUGCUCAAGCUCCUCUGUCAACAAAUCAGCAACAGAGACAAGGAAGUACGCGUUGCCGUCUGCCACCUGAUCAUCAACCUAACAGGUCACGAUGACGAGGGCGAGGGCGGUGGCGGCGAGGCCUGGUCUAUGAGGGCGGCAGAACUAAAGAAACUAGGGUUCUAUAACAGGAUGGAAUUUCUGAAGCACAAUGAUAGAGACCUUGACGUGCGGGAACGUGCUAGAACCGCGGUCUAUCAGCUAGAGAGAGCGAUCGCUUACUAG